AUGGAGUUUCUGCUGGGGAACCCGUUCAGCACCCCGGUGGGGCAGAGCCUCGAAAAGGCCACAGAUGGCUCUCUGCAGAGUGAAGACUGGACACUUAACAUGGAGAUCUGUGACAUUAUCAACGAGACAGAAGAAGGUCCAAAGGAUGCCAUUCGAGCACUGAAGAAGAGGCUGAAUGGAAACAAAAAUUACAGAGAGGUCAUGCUGGCGCUGACGGUGUUGGAGACCUGUGUGAAGAACUGUGGCCAUCGCUUUCAUGUCUUAGUGGCAAACCGUGACUUCAUAGAUGGUGUGCUGGUGAAAAUCAUCUCGCCCAAGAAUAAUCCCCCCACUAUUGUACAGGAUAAAGUACUAGCGCUGAUUCAGGCUUGGGCUGAUGCCUUUCGAAGUAGCCCUGAUUUAACUGGAGUUGUGCAUAUUUAUGAAGAACUCAAGAGGAAAGGCAUAGAGUUUCCCAUGGCAGAUCUUGAUGCUCUGUCUCCAAUACACACGCCACAGAGGAGUGUUCCUGAAGUUGAUCCUGCAGCAAAUAUGCACAAUUCACAGUCUCAGCAAAGGGUGAGCACCAGUUCUUAUUCUUCGUCUUCUCCAACGGCGUAUUCUGCUCCUCAGGCCCCAGCUCUGAAUGUGACUGGUCCCAUCACUGCUAAUUCUGAACAGAUUGCCCGGCUGCGCAGUGAACUGGAUAUUGUUCGUGGGAAUACAAAAGUGAUGUCUGAAAUGCUGACAGAAAUGGUACCUGGACAAGAGGAUUCCUCAGACCUUGAGUUACUCCAGGAACUGAACCGAACCUGUAGAGCUAUGCAGCAGAGAAUUGUGGAGCUUAUCUCACGAGUGUCCAAUGAAGAAGUCACAGAGGAACUGCUGCAUGUGAAUGAUGAUUUAAAUAACGUCUUCCUCAGAUACGAAAGAUUUGAACGAUACAGAUCGGGACGUUCAACACAAAAUGCCAGCAAUGGAGUACUGAAUGAGGUGACAGAAGAUAACUUAAUAGAUUUGGGUCCUGGCUCUCCAGCUGUGGUGAGCCCAAUGGUCGGAAACUCAGCACCCCCGUCUUCACUUUCUUCACAGCUUGCAGGGCUUGACUUGGGUACAAACAGCGUCAGUGGCACAGUCAGCUCUCUACAACACUGUAAUCCUCGUGAUGACUUCGACAUGUUUGCACAGACAAGAGGCAGUUCCUUGGCUGAGCAGCGAAAGAACGUGACGUAUGAGGAUCCACAGGCUGUCAAAGGACUAGCGUCUGCCCUGGAUGUUCGAAAACAGAACACAGGAGGGACCUUUCUGUUCUCAACACAGAGGAGAGGUAAAGGUGGGAACUCAGACAUGGAGCCCAUAGACAAGUGGCUAAUUACACAAGGAAUGAUCCCUGUUGCACAGUCCUCUGUCAUGGAUGACAUUGAGGAGUGGCUCAGUACCGACUUGAAAGGAGACGAACUGGAAGAAGGAGUGACCAGUGAAGAGUUUGACAAAUUUUUAGAAGAGCGAGCCAAAGCGGCGGAGAUGGUUCCCAAUCUGCCAUCCCCUCCCCUGGAAGCCCCCACCCCUCCGACAAAUCCUUCCAGCAGGAAAAAGCAAGAGCGCUCGGAGGAUGCCCUCUUUGCACUGUGAAGAUCGCUCUUAGCCACCCUCCCACCCCUGUGCUCUGCAGACGAAUGCCGCUGUACGGCCACUUCGUCCUCUCACAGUACUUGGCUAACAACAACCCCCUUCCCCCCGAUUUCAUAGAUUGCUUCUCCUUCCCCCCCUCCCCAAACAAUCCACCCCUACAAGCUGACUCUUUCUAUUUAAGUCCAACACUAUUCCUGCCAGACCACGAUUCUCCAGCACUCGCUUAAUCCCCUCCUUCCUAUCCCAGCUGCACAAAACCAGCUCUUGAUGCUGAAAACCCCUUUAGAAUGCAUGAGUACGUCACACUGUGUUGAAACAAAAGCCCGGAGGGGAGAGAGCAGCCUUGCCCUUCAAUUUAUGUAGGGAUCAUCCUCUUCUGUAGGCAGGUCCUGCCAAGUAGAGUGCUCUGUCGAUCAGCAUGUAAUUGACUGAGCUGGAAUGUUCAGGAGGAGUGUGUCUUUAUUUUUAGAUAAAAUGUUAAUGUAUUGGCUUUCGUGUCGGAUUCGACAGCAAGGAACAACUGUUCCCCUUUCAACAUGUGCUUCACAAGUUAAAAUCCUUUACUCUCCCACUCACACAUCUCCCAGUACCAUAUGGUGGUCGCUUUUCCCCACUUUGUGCGGCAUUUCAUAUUCUAAAUCUCACAGGGUAUUUUUUUCCUUGUGUUUUAUCUGGGCUUGCUCUAAUUUGAAAGCAGUCUGUGGGCCAUGUCCAGUAGCUCUGGCAGUCGACAAGAAUGAAAAAAACUGAGCUAAAUGGAUGCUGUAAUGUUAGCGCAUGAAGC